AUGAGCAUAUUGUUUGAGUUUUUGAGCACCGAAUUACGCGAGUUGGAUUGCAGUCGUACUAAUCAAGCUCCGACAGACGUAUAUUUAUGGAACACACACUGCGUCCACGAAAGCCCAUUUUACCAUUGUACAAGCCUCGAUUUAAAAUUGCGUUGUACAGAGUGCUCCUUCGAAACCGAUUCCGUCGUCCAACUUCGUCUCCAUUCCCAAAACAAACCACUCAAUGAACACUUGAACAAAUGCAGGAAGUGCUCUUUCACCACCUACUCGAAACUCAUGUAUCUCAAACACACGUUGCGUCACAUCGGUAAAAAGACGCCAAAACUCUUCAGCUGUGAUCACUGCACCUACAAAACCAAAUACAGAAAAGCGUUCAACGUUCACCAAAUUCGCAGACACACACCUCUGGAGAAAAUCUCAUGGUUCUACUGUGACCAGUGUUCUUACCGAGGCAAAGUUAAGAAAGACGUUACCAUCCAUCGCCUCUUCAAGCAUACAGAUCCUGAAGAAAUUUCGUGGUUUUAUUGCGAGUUGUGUUCAUAUCGGGGUAAAACGAAGCACUCAGUGAAGCAGCACCACCAAACAAAGCAUUCUUCAGUUAAGAAUGUGACUUGGUUCACGUGCCAGUUGUGCGAGUAUGGGGGGCAGACUAAGUAUCAAGUCGAACAACAUAUGCUGCGAAGACACAAAUGUUUGGAUAAUGCUUCCUGGAUUUAUUGUGGGUAUUGUCCGCAUCGGACGUUGACCACAGGCGAGAUGAAGCUGCACCAGUUGAAGCAUCAGAAACCAGAGGAGGUGAAGUGGUUUCAAUGUGAACGCUGUGUUUUUCGUACUAAGUGGAAGUCAAACUUGAGGAUGCAUAAAGUAAGAAUACAUCAAGUGGAAGGGACACAGUGA